GCGGCUGGGGCGCCAGAGAGGGUCCUUUCGCUGCUCGGACGCCAUCGCCGGAGCUCCAUCGCUCUUGCAGCUGUUCGUCGCAGAGCCUUCCGUAACCAUGGUGUCCGGUUCAGGUCUCUGCGCCAAGGUGGUCGUGGUCGAUGCUCGCCACCACAUGCUCGGCCGCUUGGCCUCCAUCCUCUCCAAAGAGCUUCUCAAUGGCCAGAAAGUCGUUGUUGUUCGUUCUGAGGAAAUCUGCCUGUCCGGUGGCCUCGUGAGGCAGAAGAUGAAGUACUUGAGGUUUUUGAGGAAGAGGAUGAACACUAAGCCUAGCAAGGGCCCCAUCCAUUUCCGGUCCCCAGCACGUAUCUUGUGGAGGACCAUCCGCGGAAUGAUCCCUCACAAGACCAAGAGGGGUGCUGCUGCUCUUGAGCGCUUGAAGGCCUUUGAAGGAGUCCCUGCACCGUAUGACAAGAUGAAAAGAAUGGUUAUCCCCGAUGCUCUCAAGGUGUUGAGGCUGCAGCCUGGCCACAAAUUCUGUUUGUUGGGACGCUUGUCAGAGGAGGUCGGAUGGCAUCAUUACGACACCAUCAAGGAGUUGGAGGAGAAGAGGAAAGCCAAGUCUAAAGUGUUUUACGAGCGCAAGAAGCAGCUUAUCCAGUUGCGCCUCAAGGCCACCAAGCGUGUGGAGGAGCAGCUCAGUUCCCUUCAAGAAACAUUGGCACCCAUCACUUACACCUCUUAAAUUUCUGCAUGAUGAAUCUUGUUCCUACCCCUGCCUCAUUGUGGCUACUAAAUCGCAUGGUCGCAGCUUUGAUGGGAAUAAGAUUGAGUUGAUACAUUCUUAUUCAGAAUAUCUGUCAAUGAAUGGUACUUUUGGUUGAGAUGUACACAAACUGUCAAUUACGAAACUUUUGGUACAUGAACUUCUCA